AAAUUUAAAGCUUGAUAUUUUUUAGCUAGCCUUUAAUUUUCCUAACAUUUUUCACUGAAUCGUUGAAAGCCGUUUUAUUUAUCGAAAGGAAAAGUUCAAAUUGAUAAAAAUAAUUUAAUAUUUCUCGUUAACUGUUUGAAUACAUUUGAAUCUUAAACUUAAACCCCAUCUAGAGCUUGAAACCCAUUUUUUUAACAGAAUAAUCUUUCCUCAACACUUGAGCAAUAUCAGAUGAACUUGUCUCUACAAAAAAGUAAUAAUCGAACGUUGUGUAUGUAAUAGAAUAGUAAGGUACUCACAUCUACACGUGGUCGUCGAGGUCAAACUUGUGCUUUCCUUUCAUUCUUAUACAUUCGGCGGUACACACAGAUCAUAGGGCACGUUCCAUUCCAUGUUCCACAAUUUGAUACCGAAAACCUGUUUGGUCACAAGUUCCAUCAAAGCUGCAGCUACAACCUAUCGGUUCCAUUUGCUUCGAGGGAGAACACUUGCAACUCUCACUUCCGAAAUGAGUCUGGAGCAAGCGAAAAAGAUAGCCGCCUUCAAAGCAGUUGACGAAUACGUCCGGAAUAACACGGUUGUUGGAGUUGGCAGCGGGUCGACGGUUGUGUACGCCGUACAGCGGCUUGCGGAACGGGUUAGCAAGGAAGGUUUGAAGCUCGUUUGCAUCCCCACCAGCUUCCAGGCCAGGCAACUGAUCAUCGAGCACGGUCUGGUGCUCGGCGAUUUGGAACAGCAUCCGACUAUUGACUGUGCCAUCGAUGGGGCGGAUGAGGUGGACGCCAACAUGGUCCUCAUCAAGGGUGGUGGUGGGUGUUUGCUGCAGGAAAAAAUCGUAGCCUCAUGUGCAAAGCAACUUAUCGUUAUAGCCGAUUACACUAAGGAUUCCAAACUGCUUGGACAACAGUAUAAAAAGGGAGUCCCGAUUGAGGUUGUACCAAUGGCAUAUGUUCCAAUUAAAAACAAAAUCACUUCGACCUACGGAGGUAAAAUGGUUCUGCGAAUGGCUGUAGCUAAGGCUGGUCCCGUCGUAACGGACAAUGGUAACUUUAUACUCGAUUGGCAUUUCCCAACCUCUGAGGAUAUCAAUUGGGAUAUGGUCAAUCGGGAUAUCAUGAUGAUUCCGGGUGUCGUCGAAACCGGCCUAUUUGUAAAGAUGGCUACAAAAGCAUAUUUUGGACUGGCCGAUGGAUCGGUCAUCGAAAGAAGUGCCUAAACUUGCAGAAACGUAGCAUCUCACUCACAAAAUUUAUUCCAUUUGCUACUAGUAAUCGAUGUUUUUUUUAUUAAGUUUAAGUCUAACAAAUAAAUAAACAAAAAUAAUUAAAAACAA